UACUUUAAAUUGAUAGAUCCUUGUUGUUACUGUCACAAGUACAAUGAAAUUCCAAAAGUGCUUCCUGGUCCGUGCAACAAUUUGCCAUGGUAAAGUUUAUGACUAAAAUGAAAAAUAAUACACAAAAAGUAAAUUGUUUGAUUACCACAAACAGGAGAUUAAAAUUAAGCUGUUGCAAAAAGUGCAUUGGUCCUGAAAAACAAAAUAAAAACAAACAAAAAACCAGAAUACACACAAUCUUAUGGUUGUUUCACCUUUCGGCAUAUCCUGUCAAAAAAUCAGCUUUCACUGAUUCGCACAGGUGGUUUGGAGUUUUAUUUGGAGAGUUUUAUGCCGGAUGCCUUUCCUCACACAACCUUGCAUUUUAUCCGGGCUGGGGACUGGCACAGGGGAACUGAGACUUGGGCCCCCUAGUGGCUACAUAGUUCAGCAGCAGCGCUAAGGCUCUUGCUCAUGUGUCAAAUUUGUUAAAACCAGAAAUAAUUAUAUAAAAAUAAAUAAAUAAAUAAAAAGCAGUGCUUGACCACAUUUCUGUGGAUUUAGAAAAAAAAAUCCACCAUUCCAAUAGAAGUCCGGAUUAAAUUGAAAUAUUUUCUAGUUUAAAAUGUUUCUUGCAGUGGGUUAAAAUCUGUUCUGAAGUAUAACCCUUGAGAUGAUAUUCACUUAGGCACAUUUGAAGUAUUUUUCUUUUCUUGAAAUUACAUUUUCUCAGAAAAAUAGUUUAAAUGAUUUGAUAUCAUUUAUGUUAUGCAGGUACUGUCCCUUUGUUGAAUAAAUGAGCAUUUUGUUUGAUGUUUUGAUUUGUUUUGGUCCAAAGCCAGACUGCGCCCUGGAGGAAGCGUUUAUUUACCGAGUGUACCACAGAGAGCACCGGGAGCGCGCAGCCGUGGAGCCCCCCAUUCUGAAAAUGCUGGCUGCGCGCUCCCGCGGUGCAAGCAGGGAACGCGCCUGGGAGGCUGCGGUCCCAUUGACGGUUCCGUCUCCCUGACAGCAGCAUCAGCAUCACGGCGCAGGAAGAGCCAGAAGUUCCCGCCUCGCCCCGCAGCCACAGAGCCAGCUUACCGGCAGGGAGACCCCCCACCCCCCGCUUUGCCUGACCGUGAGGACGGAAGCCCCCCCCACCCCCCUCUCGUUGUGCCACCAUCCAGACUGACCGCCGGAGAUAUGGGCUCCCCGUAAAACGGAGGCGGUGGAGGGGAGAGGCGGGCGGGCGGGAGGGGGGUGGGGGGCGAAGACAGCGGAGCAGCAAGAGGGAGGAGAGGCUGAACACGGCAACCAGGAACUGAGGCGAUCCGGCCGCAACCACCGCCACUACCGCUAGCGCCGCCGCCGCCCUGGCUGCCCCCCGCCACCGCCAUGGAAACUCUGCAUCCCUCGCUCCCACCGUCGCUUCAUCCGUGGGCCAUGUCGUGAUCUGUGGGCACCGCCAGCGGGUUUUCUAUCCGUGAUCCGAGGCAAGGAGGAGGAAGAGGAGGAGGAGGAGGCUGUGAGGAGCGGUGGUGGUGGUGGUGGUGCCAGUGUCAGGGAAGAUGUUCGCCUCGGCGGGCCCUCGGGGCGGCCCGCGCCCACCCGCCGCUCCGGCCAUUCCGGAGCCGGACCUCAGCCAUCUGACGGAGGACGAAAGGAAGAUCAUCAUGGCUGUGCUGGCGCGGCAAAAGGAGGAGGAGGCGAAGGAGGAGGCCAUGUUAAAGGAGGAGAAACCCAUUCAAGCAAGAACGGUAAACCUGGUUGGGCAGAAAAAACCUCUACAGCAAAAUGACGUCCGAGGUAUCCAGCAGCAGUUAUCGAGCUACAGGGAAACGGUAAUCCGGCAGGCCACGGCGGCGGCGGGCUCGGUCCAUCGAGACGACGCACCCACCUGUGGAGUUUGUCAUAAGACCAAGUUUGCAGAUGGCUGCGGGAACCUGUGUUCCUAUUGUCAGACAAAGUUCUGUGCUCGCUGUGGGGGGAGAGUGUCCCUGCGCUCCAACACGGAGGAUAAAGUGGUUAUCUGGGUGUGCAAUAACUGCCGGAAGCAGCAGGAGAUCCUAACCAAGCCAGGAGACUGGUUCAGCAGUUUGCCGGGAAAGCCUGCUGGCCUCGGCUCAGCUGUCAGUGAACCGUCUGUGUGCCAAACGCCCGGAGACAAGCUCCGAUCUCGUUCCCAAGCACCUUCAGGUUCCACCUCUGCAGUCCAAGACCCCAGCAGACUGAGCGCAGCUGGGCCUGAUGUUCGGUCUCUUAGCGAGCCUCCACGAGAAAAGAGAAAUGGGCAUGGAGGAGCAGGCCGGGGGGAAUGUCAGCCUGGCCAGCCAAGGCUACAAACGCAGGUCUCCAUGGAUCGGGAUCUUCGGGGCGAGUCCAGGGAACGCAGGGAAAGUCGGCGGCUGGCAAAAGGACGAUCCUUGGAGCACGAUCCUGUGGGAGGAAGUGGUAGUCGAACAAAGGAGGGUGGUUACCUUUUAGACCAUGGUGGCGGCCCUCAUCGACAAGUAGCGACGCUCCCUCCCAGAGACAGGGGCCAUCCUGGGCCCGUUCAGGGUCGUGGAAUGGGCGCUGGAGGGGAAACGGGUGAUGCCUCUCGAGCUGGACAGAGGACGGUGGGUGGGGUUGGUGCGCUGCAUGAACACACAAUUUCUCAGCAAGCCCCUCCUCCUGAACUUAGAGAACCUCUGGGUUUGGGUCCCAGCUCAGCUAGCAGUCAAGAACCCGGAGGGAAACGGACUAAACGAGAGAAGGCCGAGAGCAUGCUGCGCAAUGAUUCACUUAGCUCAGACCAAUCGGAAUCUCUGCGGCCUCCUCCGCCACGGCCCUACAAAUCCAAACGAGGGGUGGGGGCUGGAGGGAAGAGGCAAACUAGUGUCAGCAGCUCAGAAGAAGAGGGAGUGACGACCCCGGAGUACAGCAGUGGUGAUGAUGCUGAGAUAGAAAGUGUCAGCGAGAGAGGCGACUGGGAGAGCUACCCUCAUGACCCCACGGUAUGGCAUCAUCCUGUAACGUGGCAACCAUCAAAGGAGGGAGACCAUCUAAUUGGACGGAUCACCCUCAGCAAGAGGAGCGCCACCAUGCCAAAAGAAGCUGGUGCUUUGCUUGGGUUGAAGGUGGUGGGAGGUAGAGUCACUGAGUCAGGGAGAUUAGGUGCCUUCAUCACCAAAGUCAAAAAGGGAAGCCUUGCUGACGUGGUGGGACAUCUCAGAGCAGGAGAUGAGGUUUUGCAGUGGAAUGGGAAGAUGUUACCUGGAGCCACAAUGAAGGAGGUUUAUAACAUCAUUCUGGAGUCUCAAGCAGAGCCACAAGUUGAGCUGGUGGUGUCCAGGCCCAUUGGGGUGUAUAGAAAGUAUCAUGAUAUCCCGAGAAUCCCCGACACGUCCCACCCUCCAUUAGAAUCUACAGGUUCCAGUUCUUUUGAGUCCCAGAAGAUGGAGAGACCAUCCUUAAAUGUCCUGUCUCCCUCCAGUCCUGGGAUGCUCCAAGAUGCCCCCCAGUUCAUGCCAGGGCGACUCUCAGUGAAGCUGUGGUACGACAAAGCAGGUCACCAGCUAAUAGUCAACGUGUUGCAGGCGGUCGAGCUUCCACUUCGACCUGACGGCCGGCCAAGAAGCCCCUACGUCAAAAUGUACUUCCUCCCUGACCGCAGUGACAAGAGCAAACGGAGAACAAAAGCGGUGAAGAAAACUUGCGAGCCCCGAUGGAACCAGACCUUUGUCUACACUCACGUCCACCGGAGGGAUUUCCGCAACCACAUGCUGGAGCUGACUGUGUGGGACCAGCCCAGGUCACCUGAGGAGGACAGCACCUUCAUGGGAGAGAUCCUGAUCGAGCUGGAAACGGCCUUGCUUGACGAUAAGCCCCACUGGUAUCCCCUCCAAACUCACGAUGUCUCGUCCAUCCCGCUGCCCCGCCCCUCUCCUUUCCUGCCCAGACGACACCCACAGUCGGACGCCCCUGGAAAGAAGCUGCAGCGUUCCCAGCGUGUAACAGAGCCUGAAUUUGACGAGCGUGCGGCCGUGCUGUAUAAAGCGGAAGGGCGGGGCAGGGAGAGGCAGCGGGAAUCCUCAUCCACCCUGGAGGUGCCCGAGCAGCAGCGGACGCCCUCCCAUCACAUACGCUCCCGCUCCGUCUCUCCACGCCGGGAAGAACAGGGGCGCAACCGAUCACGGGCACCCAACGUUCCUACGCAGAGGAGUCUGGACGAUGAGCUUUCCCACAAUCGCCGUACUCACUCCCCGACCCGUUACCGUGACCCCGCAAGAGGCCGCUACCAGGAGGAGGAGUACCUGGAUGACAGUGAGGUCUUCAUGAUCCACCUAUCAAUGCGAGGCAAAAGUGCCGAGUGUCUGCACACCAGUGAUCUUCAGCCUUCUCUGGACAGGGUUAAGAGCGCUAGCACCAACUGUCUGACUCCAGACAAACAUGCACCCUCUCCAAAGAAUGAAAGAAAAUCUUUGUCCAAAUCUCUGCCUCGAAGACGUCCAGCAAGUCCCAGGAUUCUAAUCCAACAUGCUUCUCCUGAAGAAGACAGAAUGUGGAUGCUACCUCCUUCUCAAGAGACUUUAUUUCACUUCAGUGCAAAGAAGAGGCAGCUGCGGACCCUGGAGACCCCUGAAUGUCAGACUCUUGGCAGAAAGCUGUCUGACAGUGGCAGGGGUCACCUACAAGGCGGCACAUCUCUUUCCACCUCAGUAACAUCCUCGUCAGCUCGCAGAGUUCGCCAGCUCCCUCAGCUUCCACCUCAGAGCAGCACCGUAGAACAAGCCCUGGUAGCAGAGGAGCGCGUUCGUCAGCUCCAGAUGAGGGUUCAUUCUAACCGCGUGUCAGCUGCUGCCACCUCCAGCCAGCAGGACCUGGACCGAGCCCUCAAGAGCAAACGAGAGCUUUACAAAGACCAGAGGAGAAGCAGUGAAAACGUUUCCCAUAAGUCCUCAGACAGUGAUGUCAGCGAUGUGUCAGCCAUCUCUCGAACCAGCAGUGCCUCUCGCAUCAGUAGCACCAGCUACAUAUCCAUCCAGUCAGAAAGACCCCAAGGCCGCUUCAGUCGAGCAGUGCGUGUACAGGGCCGCCACAUGAUGAAGAGCACCAGUGUGAGUGGUGAGAUCUACGGUAUGGAGCACGCCGACGGCAGCCAGUCUGACACGGCGCUCGGGAGCCUGGGAAGUGGGAUCAAGAAGCGGCGCUCAAGCCUUAGCCAACGAGUUGUUGCCAUCCUGCCAUCGAGACGGAGUCGGAGUACCUCACAGCUUAGCCAGACAGAGGCGUCAGCAGGUAAGAAGGCUAGUAAGACCGGCAGCAGCAGCAUCCAAAGGAGCGUGGAGACGGGUAUGGCGGUGGAGUAUCCGCGAGGAGGAUCAGCCAUGAACAGGCAGGCCAGCAGGGAGUCCACUGACGGCAGCAUGAACAGCUACAGCUCUGAGGGGAAUUUGAUCUUCUCAGGGAUGCGUUUGGGGGCUGACAGUCAGUUCAGUGACUUCCUGGAUGGGUUAGGACCAGGUCAACUUGUUGGUCGACAAACAUUGGCAACACCGGCCAUGGGUGAUGUUCAGAUUGGGUUGAUGGAUAAAAAGGGCCAGCUGGAGGUCGAGGUGAUCAGGGCCCGAGGCCUUACCCCUAAAUCAGGCUCCAAAUCUCUUCCAGCUCCCUACGUCAAGGUGUACCUGCUGGAUAAUGGAACAUGUAAAGCCAAAAAGAAAACCAAGAUUGCACGCAAGACCCUGGAGCCACUCUACCAGCAGCACCUCCUCUUUGAUGAAAGUCCCCAGGGCAAGGUGCUCCAGGUGAUUGUGUGGGGCGACUAUGGACGCUUGGACCAUAAAUGUUUCAUGGGUGUAGCACAGAUUCUGUUGGAGGAGCUGGAUCUCUCAAGCACGGUGAUUGGCUGGUACAAACUGUUUCCAACAUCCUCUCUGGUGGACCCUACACUCGCUCCACUCACACGGCUGGCGUCUCAGACGUCACUGGACAGCUCAGGACCUCCACCAGGCGUACGGUCCUAGUGACUGUACAGCGAGCUUAUAACCCCCAGCACCCCUGAAACAAUCGGAGAACGGACCGCACCUAUUCAAUCGCAGCUGGGCAGAGCACGAAAUCGUGCCCCGCAAAGACGACGGCAAGGAGCCUUCGAUCAGCCAAUGAAAAGCCAGAUGGAGAAACAGGGACUGAGAGAGAGAAACGAGAGAGGGAGAGACAGAACUAGCCAAUCAAAGCUUAGCUGGAGUCUGACAAUCAUGUCUCAUACCUUCCUCCUCCUUCUUCCAUUAACCGUUUCGUUUUUAAGUUGUUGCUUUCAUUGUAUGCUCCUCAGAGCUCCACCUGAGGAGGUUCUGUCCAACAUCGUUCACUUCUGUCCAUUCUGUCUUUAAUUUCACCCUCAUUUCUUGUGCAGCCCCUAAGGGAGCACCCAAUCGAAGUGGACUCCUCCACUGUGUUUCCCUCCAACCAAUAAGAACAGAGAUAACUCCUAGGCUAAGCUUGGCUGUUGUCUCUGCAGGUGUUAACAUGGUAACCAUGUCUCAGAGGAGUAUAAGGGCAGUGUUUCCACAGUCUGGAGGGAAGGCGGAGCCUGCACAUGCAAGUUGACAUUGCUAACGACUGAGAAUUAAGUGAAAGGAAGCACAAGACAAGCUGGACUCUUUCAGUCUGACAGAAUGGCAAAAAAGCUAGCGUAGCGGGAAGAUAACAGAGGCCAAAUGAAACAUAAAAGGUUUUAUUUUUCAUUGGAGAUCAUAUUUUAUAUAUUAGCGUUGAGAACGGUUCCACAGACUCCCUCUGUAUAUGUGUAUGUUUGGUUCUCGAGCAGCGCCGUGCCAAAGGCCGCAGAUAAAGGUCAGGUCACAUUUGCUCGAACACUCCCCCCUCCUGACCCCUCAAACUCCCCCCUGGAGGGAGCAGCAUGACUCGGGGACUCCCUGCUGCAUGCAUGUUUCUUUUUUUUUUUUUUUUUUUUUUUUUUUUUCUUUUUUUUUUUUUUUAAAUCGUUUUUUUCGUUCCGUUCUCUACUUUUUUUGUAAAACUGAGAGACGAGACAAAUUAACAAAGGAUUCCUGAAAAACAGAAAAAAAGACUAGACUAUGUGUGUUAGUUCCACAUACCUUUAGGCCAGCUUGUAUGUUGCAUGUUCUUGUACAGUUUGCUCGUACUGAAUAUGAAUACAGAGAGAAGCCAAGCCAUCCCCAUCCCUGACUGGAGCGGACCGAUAGCGGGGGACUGACUCCACCCAGGCCACGCCUACCACUCCGGGUCUAAAUUUCCACGUUAGAGAGUCUCAGAGAAAAGUGUCUUUGUUUGCGUUUUUUCUUUGACCUAUGAACAACAGUGCUGUUCUGUAGUACUGAUCUAACUCCAGCCCCUGGAGGAUCUGAGGAUAGAGGAGUCUAAACUGUAGUAUCAGACAGUUGGGGCUAGAGACAGAGACAUAGAAUGUGUGUAUAACAGCUAAAUGUAUAUGAAGUAUCCUUAUGAGUUUGACAGAAAAUAUAAAGAUAUAGAUAUAUGAAUAUAAAAGAGUGAAUAUGACCGAACACCAACUGACACACAUGCACACCUUUCUACAUACCAAUCGGGACAAGCGGCUCUUCCCCUUUGAGCAGUUGAAAACAUUUCUAACACACAAACAUUCCGAGUCUCGUCCGGGAGAAUUUGGGUUAUUUUUUUCGGUGCUUUAGCCGCUGAGCGGCACUGAGAAGCCGAGGGGCGCUAACAGGCCUUUGUCGUGGGUCCAGUUUCAGACAAGGAAGCGGAACCAAUUGGAACAACGCUUACUUUCUUCUCUUUUAUCAUGCUUUUCCCUGUUUCUGACUAUGGUUUGGACUGGACUUAUGAAGCCAACGAGAAAUCUGGAUUUGCAGACACAUUUAGUUUCCGUUGAUCUUCGGCAGCGUGGCCGGCUGCCCUUUCCUUUGUCAGUAUUACUUCAGCAAUACUGAUUGUUUACAGCCCAUGGCUCCCCGCCCCUAAACCAUGAAUCUUGAUGAAAGACAAAGUAUUCACUGCAACAGUUCUUGUUUGUACAACAGAUGUGGCUCUACUGAUGUGUAUGUUUUAUAUUCAAGAGUUCAUUUUUAUUAUUUACAAAUAAAAGACUGUGUGAAAAAAAGA